UUGGUUUUGAUCUGGGUAGAAGCGAGGGGCCGGCCGAGCAUGCGCCCCAAGGUCUCGGGUAGCUCGGCCCACCCCGCCGCCACGCCCCCAGCCCCGGCGCCGCUGGGAGCCGCAGUUCCCUGAGCCCGCCUUCUCCCCGGGCCGGCGCCCGCGCGUCAUGCUGUGCGCCACUAGCCGCCUCCUAGCGGCCCGGGAGGCGAGCGCCCUCCCCGCCCACCCCAGAGGCCGGGCCCCGGCGCCGCGCAGCCGGCGCAGGGAACUACAUUUCCCAGGGCACCCCGAGCUGCCCCCUGGUGACUUCUUGGUGGGGCGCUUCACGAAACCCAGCGUGCCUACGGGCCGGAGGGCUAUCCUGAGGAAGGGAAGGAUGCCGCCGGCCGCGGGCGGAGGCCUGGCGGGAUCCGAACUGCGCCCCCGGAGGGGCCGAUGUGGGUCCCAGGCGGCUCGGGCCGCAGGCCGGGACGUGGCCACGGAGGCGGCUACAGCGCGGAGCCCCAAACGGCCUGCUCCUCCAAGCUCGCGGCGCUUCGAGGCGGCCGGCCGGUGGGCCCUGCUGGCCCUGGUGACGCUGACGUCCUUCGCCAGCCGCUUCCACCGUCUGGACCAGCCGCCGCACAUCUGUUGGGAUGAGACUCACUUUGGAAAAAUGGGAAGUUACUAUAUCAACCGCACCUUCUUCUUUGAUGUGCACCCACCUCUGGGAAAGAUGCUGAUUGGUCUGGCUGGCUACCUGAGCGGGUACGAUGGCACCUUUUUGUUCCAGAAGCCUGGGGACAACUAUGAGCAUCACAGCUACAUGGGAAUGAGAGGAUUCUGUGCAUUCCUCGGCUCCAUGCUCAUCCCUUUGGCCUACCUCACUGUGCUGGAGCUGUCCCGGUCUCUCUCAGCAGCGCUGCUCACGGCCGCCCUCCUCACCUUUGACACAGGAUGCCUCACUCUGUCCCAGUACAUCCUCCUUGACCCCAUCUUGAUGUUCUUCAUCAUGGCUGCCAUGCUGAGCAUGGUCAAGUACAACUCCUGUGCCAACAGGCCCUUCUCUGCCCCCUGGUGGUUCUGGCUCAGCCUGACCGGCGUUAAUCUGGCUGGCGCUCUGGGGGUCAAGUUUGUUGGCCUCUUCAUCAUCCUGCAAGUGGGGUGGAACACCCUUUCAGACCUUUGGCACCUGUUCGGAGACCUCAGUCUUUCAAUGGUGACCUUGGGGAAACACCUGACCGCUCGCAUCCUGUGCCUCAUAGUGCUGCCACUGGCUCUCUACAUCGCCACCUACGCUGUCCACUUCAUGGUGCUGAACAAAAGCGGUCCCGGUGAUGGCUUCUUCAGUUCUGCCUUCCAGGCCCGGCUUUCAGGAAACAACCUUCACAAUGCAUCCAUCCCCGAACACCUGGCCUACGGCUCCGUGAUCACUGUGAAGAACCUGCGGAUGGCCAUCGGCUACCUCCACUCGCACAGGCACUUCUACCCCGAGGGCGUCGGUGCCCGCCAGCAGCAGGUCACCACCUAUUUGCACAAGGACUACAACAACCUGUGGAUUAUCAAGAAGCAUAAUUCGAACUCAGAUCCCCUAGACCCUUCACUCCCGGUGGAGUUUGUGAGACAUGGAGACAUCAUUCGACUAGAACACAAAGAGACUUCUCGGAACUUGCACAGUCACUAUCACGAGGCCCCCCUGACCCGGAAGCACUAUCAGGUCACUGGCUAUGGCAUAAAUGGGUCAGGGGACUCGAAUGACUUCUGGCGAAUUGAGGUUAUAAACAGAAAAUUUGGAAACCGAAUCAAAGUGCUGAGAAGUCGAAUUCGCCUCAUCCAUCUGAUCACAGGUUGUGUCCUGGGCUCCUCAGGAAAGGUCCUGCCUAAGUGGGGCUGGGAGCAGAUGGAAGUCACAUGCACACCAUACCUAAAGGAAACCCUCAGCUCCAUCUGGAACGUGGAGGACCAUAUCAAUCCCAAAUUGCCAAACAUCAGCCUGGAAGUGCUGCAGCCCAGUUUCCCUGAGAUAAUGCUGGAGUCCCACAUGGUGAUGAUCCGGGGGAACAAUGGCCUCAAGCCCAAGGACAAUGAGUUCACGUCCAAACCCUGGCACUGGCCUAUCAACUUUCAGGGCCUGCGCUUCUCAGGGGCCAAUGACACCGACUUCCGAGUGUAUCUGCUGGGCAACCCGGUGGUCUGGUGGCUGAACCUGCUGAGCAUCGCCCUCUACGUCCUCUCAGCGAGUGUCUUUGCUGUGGCUGUGCAGAGGGGCGCGCAUCUGCCUGUCGAGAUUGAAGGGCUGUCCCAGGUCCUGCUGCGAGGAGGCGGGCAGCUCCUGUUCGGCUGGAUGAUGCAUUACUUCCCCUUCUUCCUGAUGGGCCGGGUCCUCUACUUCCACCACUACUUCCCCGCCAUGCUCUUCUCCAGCAUGCUCACAGGCCUUCUGUGGGACACCCUCCUGCGGCUCUGUGCCUGGAGCCUGGCCUCCUAUCCGCUGGCCAGAUGCGUGCACAUGCUGGGCAUCCUGAGCCUGCUCCUGGGAACUGCCUACAGCCCCCACCAGCUCUGCCAAGGUCAGAGCUCUUUCGAGCUCUUUGCUCGGUGGUUGCCACGGAGACUGGAAAUUGGUCCCAGGGACAGGCUGUGCUACCCACUGGGUGGUGGGGAGGGAAGCUUCUGGCCAUGCUCAGAUGUUCAGACCGACCAUCAUUAAUGUUAAUAGAGGAAACGCAGUCACAUCCAAAGCAAGGCAGGUUUGUUAAUUAGAUCUGGGGCCCCCGUGACCUCCCUUUCCCAGGGCUGCAGCCCUUUUGACUUCCUCUAGCAGGAAGCACUGCUGCCGGGUGCUGAGUCUGGGCUGCUUGCUUAAUUGCGUUUCUGGAAGGGAGGGAGAGCAGGGAUGGAGAACCUCUGCUCUCCCAUGCCCCCCAGCCCCGUUCUUCUCUCGCCCAGACCAAGUUGCUUUCUUCUGAGCUGGGGGUGUGGGGCAGCCCUCUGGGUGGGCUCUCCUGGAGGUGGAAUGUGGGAGACCCUGGGCUUGACUGUUUCAAAAAACAGUGGCCCCACGCUGACAACUGGGAGGUGGUGGCUGUUUCUCCCAGUGCCUUACUGCCUAAUAGGAACUCGUUGGAAGGGAGAUGCCCUGAAGGAGCCAGAGGGGCAGCCACUCUGGUGAGGGCAAGGAGGGCAAACGCUCAGGCGGCCUCCUGCCCGGCCGCCCUCCUAAUCUGGCCACCCCGGGGACACGGGCUUCCUUGGUCUCUUCCACUGCUCUCCGGAGAUGGGAGAAGAGCUGUCUGCCCACCCCACCCCCUCCUUUGCCCAGGCUGGCGCAUGCUUGGCCAACACAACUCCAAGGACCCAAGUUGUGUUGUUGGAAGAUGCUGGGGAGAGGGGCUGUCGGAGCCAUACUCUGCACAUGGGCUCCGGCCCCCAGAAGAAUGUGACACAUCCCGCAGACGUGCUGGUGGAGGAAGGAGACAUUUUCAGCUCAACCUCCAGCCAACUUCUUAAACCACAUUUUAUAUUAAAAAAAAAAAACAAUUUUUCCACGGAUAAUCAGAGGCCAUUUACUUUUGUAAUAAAUAGCUCUUAUUUUGAAUGCCA